AUGAGUCAGGAAGAAAUACCAAGAUUUCCUGGUGGUCUUCGACCAUCAGAUGAAACUGCUAUUGAUGAAAGUGGCUUUUUUGGAACACGUCGUGGUUGGGCAAAUAUAAAUCGAUAUGAAAUUAUUUUUCUGAUUGUUGGUAUAUUAGCUGCAAUAGCGACAGACAGUUUAAGCAUUGUUCGUCUUAUUGAUAUUCAUGAUACAAGAGAUCCUGAUUUUGCUUAUGCUAUACUUAUUCUAGUUAAUUCACUAUUUCUUUUAUUAUUUCUUAUUACUGGCAUUCUCUUUCAACGUAUUACUCAUAUUGUGGCUUUUUUUAUUAGUGCUGUUAUGCUUACUAUAUAUGUGAUUGUACAUUAUGUUGCUCGAAGCAAAGAACCUGAUAAUCAUGGUAAAGCUGCAACAAUUCGUCUUAUUCGACUUAUCCUUAUGAUUAUUUUUAAUAUAUGUUUUAUCCCAUUGGCAAUAUUAGUUAUUAGAGAUUAUAGACGUGAUGAAUUUUCUAAACGACUUUUCGGUGCUUUUCCUACAGCACGUCGUCCACUUAAAAUCUAUAAUAUAUUCGAUUGUCUAGCACGUAUUAAUACAAUGCUUUCAAUUUCAACAUUCGUUCUUAAUUUAUACAAUUUUAAUGAUUUGGAAACAACUGAUAAACUUUUACUUGGUAUUGGUAUUCCUUUGGCAUUAUUAUGGUUAGGUAUUGGUAUUGGCAUGAUUCGUCUUGAAAAUUUAAUAUUAGUUGGUAUUUUCUAUUUUAUUUCAUUAUUUCAACCUGGAUUUCUAGGUUAUUCUCUACAUAGCGCUAUUGUUACUUCAUCAACAUCUAUGUCAACGACAGCGACAUUCACAACAACAAUAUCUACCAUUUCAUCUACAAUCAUCACAACUUCAACAUUUAUUUCGUCUAUAUCAACAACAAAAGCUAUUGAUCUAGAAAUUACAACUACACCAAUCACUACUAUUUCAACAUCAAUGCCUAGAGUUCUUGUAUCUGUACCCAAAGCACUUUAUGUGUGUAUAGCGGCAAAUAUUCUUACUCAUAUAUUAUCUAUGAUUUUUGCUUUUAUUUGUAUUCGUAAUUUUGGCAAAGGUCUUAAAGAGAAAGUAUUUAACAAUCGAUUUGAUAAAUGGUUUCGAAAACGUUGGUCUACCACUUGA